CACAACCUUUACGACUUUCCCUAGUGAAGGCUACUCUAUGAUGCGACUACGCCGUUUUAUGGGCCUUGGGCUGCCGCUUUAUUUUGGAAUCACCCAGGCCGUGCCAUGCGGCAACGUCACGAUUUCUAGCGCCGCCGAUGCAGCUGAAAUCAGGAGCACCUGCACUGUAAUCAGUGGAGACCUCGACUUCACCUAUGAUUUCAACAGCACCAUCAAUCUCGAUGGGGUUGAAGAAAUACAAGGAGGAAUUUAUCACUCUGGUUGCAGGGCAUUUCCUGAAACAUCAGAUUGCCCGUCACCGUCACCGUUCUCCAUCUCUGGUUCCACCCUCACGACUGUAAAGGGUACUGUAUCCCUUAAGUUUUUUAAUGGACUAAAGGAGCUUCGAUUCCCGAAUCUCACGACUGUAGAGGGCGCCAUUACUCUGUUCCACCUCUAUGAUCUCGAGCGACUUGACAUCACAAAGCUCUCGCACGUUGGCAGCAUCUUACUCGAAGCGCCGAACAUGACGACCUUGGAGCAUGAGAGCUUAAAAUCAUUUACGAACAACGCUGGUUCAGUCACUUUAUGGGCUGCUGGUGUCGACUCAGUGGACAGUUUCUUCAACUAUCCAAUUGAAAUCGCAGAGGACGCCUCCGAUUCCCAGUCGUUCAUAGAUGUCUACGAGCUCCCUAACAUCAGACACAUUAAUAUUGGAUGGCCUAGGGUGAAACAAGUCACCAUCAAGGGAGACAACCUCGGCGUCACCCUUGGCACGGAAAAUACCACGUCCAUGGAUAUUGGCAUUCUCUCACUUCUAGGCAACAUCACCGACUUGGCUCAAGGAGACGUGUUCACAAAUCUUACUGUCGGGCAGCUAAUAGUCAAAGACAACUUUGACAUGACACACUUAAAUGUGUCUUUCGAUCAGUUGUCCACCCUGGAGAUCAAUCAGUGCGAUGGCCUCAAGACUUCGCAGGUUCCCCCCAAGGCUAUCGACUAGGAAGACUUUAGACUACACAUCAGAUCGUGUUUGAAUCUAAAUCUCAGUUCCGAAUAUCACAUCAAUAGCGAUGGCGAGAAUGAGAAAAGCUGGUAUUGGCCAAACAAUAUCACACUCAUCAACAUUGAUUCCACCCCCACGGCUAAUGAGUUCUUCAAAAGUUUCCGAGAGAGAUACAAUGAGACCAACUCGAAAAUCCCCAAAGUCCUCCAAAGGUUCUCUGUAAAUCCAGCCCUUGUAUUGGAUUUCAAUUGCGCACCCUU